AUGACCGAGGCUGACUUCGACAGACCCGAGCUCGCCGACCGGCUCCUGCGCAAGGCGGAGACCGCGAUACGCGCGCGGACCUCCCGCAUCCUCUGCGUCAUCGAGCGGUGCACCGACGAGCACAACUACAGCGCCGUCAUACGCUCGUGCGAGGCGCUGGGGGUUCAGCACAUCUGGCUGGUCGAUCCGGUGGACGUGAGCUACGACGGCAUCGACGACGGGCUCGUGGACGACGACGACGACGACGGUGAUGACGACGGUGUCGAUGCCGACCGCGCCCGCGAGAGGGCCGGAGGGCUGCUCAAGUCGCACGGCCACGGAUCGGCGUGGAGGGAGGCACACAAGCUGUUCGCGCGACGAGCGAACGAGUUCACCACCAUCCGCGAGUUUCCCACCACGCGCGCGUGCGUCGAAGCCCUGCGAGAGGCCGGCUACGUCAUCUGGGCCACGGACCUGUCCCAAAAAGCGAUCUGCAUGACCCACGACGCGCUCCGGGACGCCGGAUUCGGCGACCCGGACGAUCCGACCGCCACCGUCGUCCCCGAGAAGCUCGCCAUCGUCUUCGGCACCGAGAGCGUGGGAUGCACCCGGGAGGCUCUGGAGUCCGCGGACGCGAGGGUGUACCUGCCCCUGCGCGGGUUCGCGGACUCCCUCAACCUCUCCGUCGCCGCCGCGCUCUGCAUCCAGACGCUCUUCCAUUUGUGUCCAGAAGCCGUCGGAGCCAUGUCCGACGCCGAGCGAGCCGAGCUGCGAGAGAAGUGGUUCACGCAACUCGCGGCCAAUCGAGUGACGACCCGGGGGCAAGACAGGGACCUGCGGGACGCGCGCACGAAACUCACGAGGGUGCGUAAGAAGCUGCUGCGCGCGGAGACGGCGACGGCGAGCGGGGGGGGGGAUCCGAACCCCAACGGCGUCGGCGGACGCGUCGCGGACCUCGAGCGAGAGGAGACACAGCUGUGCGACGCCAUUCGCGCAAUGGAGGAGACUCGGCGUUCCGCGGCGAAGAGGGCGAUCGCGCCGUACCUGGCCGACCCGCCGGCGCCGCUGAGGGACAUGCGUCGUCCCGAUGAGCACAGGGAGGCGUACGUCGGGAAGGGCGUCAGGGCGAAGAACGCGGAGCACUGGGCGGGGAUGCCGGCGGUGGGAAACCACGCGUCGGUGAGAAACCACACGAAGAAGAUGUUCGAGGGUGUGACCCAUCGAACCGUAGCACUAGCAAUUAGAAAUACGAAAUAG